AUGUCCGAGAAAAGCUUGCUACUGUCUAACAUUGCUACUGAACGCAUCACUUGGGGGGAGAUUAAACAGAUUAUCGGAAGCAGACAAUUGCACAAGCUUAGACGGUCGAAGGAUGAGGCACUGAAGUACCAGGCACACAAGGAUAACCUGGCAGCCAAGCAUGUUUCCAUGCCCGAAUACCUUCUGAAUCAUCACCAUUGGGACGCCGCUGAACUAGCCGAGUUGAACGAGGAAAAGUACCCAACAGACGAGCAAAAAACUGAGCACCUAUUCGAGGACAACAGCCUCUACAAAGUUACCAAGAACGACUUCCCUUACUUCUACGAACUGAGCGUGCUUCACUUGCUCGUGUGGUCGAAGAUUGAGAUGCCCGUGUACGCCAACGACAACACGGCCAACGACACAUCCUUCACCAUCACAAACAAGUUCCCAGACGCGAACGAGGCUGUGGUCAACAGAAUCGACCAGUUUUUAGCGAAGACCCUCCACAGCAAAUACGGCAUGGAGAAGGGUCGCGACUACGUUUGGUUUGUCAAUUACUCCCACUUACAAAGCGUAAGGGCCAUCUCGCACUUACAUUUGCUCAUCAAGGGCAAAGACGAAGCGGCAAAGGAGCAGAUUACAAGAGAGUUGCUAGAACAGAACGCGUUCAAACCCCUGUGA